UCUAUUUCCUCAUAAAAUAUAGACAUGGAGAUUAACGAUGACCCGGUUGCAAUGGCGACAACGGCGCCAAUGGCACCAGUCACGGCCCAACGCUUAGUUAGGACUGACCUUGAGUCAUCUAUUCCUAAGCCAUACUUGGCUCGAGCCAUGGCUGCACCAGAUAUGGAACAUCCUGAUGGGGCACCCGAACACAAGGCUCAUGGCAUGAGCGUACUUCAGCAACAUGUCGCCUUCUUUGAUCAAAACAACGAUGGCAUCGUUUAUCCUUGGGAGACUUACACUGGGCUUAGAGACAUUGGGUUUGGUAUGCUGUUUUCACUGAUCGCUGGGCUCGGUUUCAACAUAACAUUUAGCUACCCCACUCUACCAGGUUAUAUACCCUCUCUUCUGCUUCCUGUUUACAUAGCUAACAUACAUAAAGGCAAGCAUCCAAGUGAUUCCGGUACAUAUGAUACAGAAGGAAGGUAUUCGCCGGUUAACUUCGAAAAUAUGUUUAGCAAAUACGGCAAAACAGUGCCGGAUAAACUAAGUUUGAGAGAGCUAUGGAACAUGACAGAAGGAAAUCGUGUGUCGUUCGACCUUGUGGGAUGGAUACUGAAUAAAGUGGAGUGGGGCGCCGUAUACAUUAUUGCUAAAGAUGAUGAAGGUUUUCUCUCAAAAGAAGCCAUGAGAGGUGUCUUUGAUGGCAGUCUAUUUGAAAAUCUUGCCAAAAAGAAUGCACCCAAAAAGGAAAAAUAGAUGUCGUAGAAGCAAGUAAUUGUGCGCAUAUAUAGACAAAUGUUAAUGUGGACCGUGGACGUUGGGAAAAAAACAUGCAUAGUAUAGAAGAUACGACACUUCAGACGCAAACCCAUGUAUAUGCAUAUAUAGACAAAUGUAUCAUUUGGAUACUUUGACAAUAAAAAUAACAGCUGUAUGUUGGAUUUAAAUAUAAUAAAAAGGUAUGCUACUUUAGUAA